AUCAUGCCUAAUCAUGACAGAUAAACAUUUGUGGUGAAGAUAUUCUGUUUUCAUAAGGUCAACAUGUACCUCACCAGCGUUUCCUUUUGUUCAGGUUGCUGCUGUGGAGCAGAGAAUGUGGAGGCACCGAUUGAGCAGAAGGUUUCUGUAAGAGCGUCACAGGCAAGGAAUCCCAAGGUAGCCUUGUCUUCCCAGAAGAGCCACCCCUGUGAUGGUUGUGAGCCAGUCUUGAAAAAUAUUUUCCACAUUAUUGACCUACAGGGAACACAACGCAGCCAGAUACCGUUGAGGUGCGGGGCAUGCGCAAAACGAUUUUAUUUCAGUACAAAAUUUCACCAGGACCAGGAGCAACAUAUGAGAGAGAAGCAUUCCGUCGGUGGUGUGGACAGGAUCUCACUUGCAGACGGCGGCAAUUUCAAUGCCUCGCAGAAGCAUUUUACCUGCGGAGAGGUUGGGCCGGACAUCCUUAUGGGGUCAGGACAUCACCAAAAGGCUACUCAGACCGGGGAUAAGUCAAAUGAAAUAUCGAUGUCUGCCAUGACUUUUCAAAGCAGAAAAAAUUAUUACACCAGGAAAGAAUAUAAGAGAGCAAUUGGCCGCAAGCACACAUUUGUUCAAGACAAGAGCACUUGUACUAGAAGACAGCGUUUAGUGUGCCAUGAAUGUGGAAAGUAUUUUACCAGACUGUCUAGUUUUUUUUAUCAUCAGAGACUUCACACUGGAGAAAAGCCCUUUAAGUGCAGUGAAUGUGGGAAAUCUUAUACCGGUAGCACUGGUCUCCUUUAUCAUCAGAGAAUUCACACUGGAGAAAGGCCCUAUGAGUGCAGUGAAUGUGGGAAAUCUUUUAGCAGGAUCGAUUCCCUUCGUAUUCAUCUGAGAGUUCACAGUGGUGAAAGGCCUUAUAAGUGCCAUGAAUGUGGGAAAUCUUUUACCACCAGCACUGGUAUUCGUCAUCAUCAGAGAUUUCACACCGGAGAAAAGCCGUAUAAGUGCAGUGAAUGUGGGAGAUCUUUUACCAGUAGCACUAGCCUUUGUUAUCAUCAGAGACUUCACAGAGGAGAAAGGCCUUAUGAGUGCAGUGAAUGUGGGAAAUCUUUUACCUGUAGUAGCAGCCUCCGUUAUCAUCAGAGAUUUCACACAGGAGAGAGGCCUUAUGAGUGCAGCGAAUGUGGGAAAACUUUUACCAUGAUUAGAUGCCUUCGUCGUCAUCAGAUAAUUCACACGGGAGAAAGGCCUUACGAGUGCAGCGAAUGUGGAAAAUCUUUUACCAUGAUCCAUUAUCUUCGUCGCCAUCGCAGUGUUCACACCGGAGAAAGACCUUAUGAGUGCAGCGAAUGUGGCAAAUCCUUUACCACAAUUUAUAGCCUUCGUAAUCAUCGGAGAUUUCAUACAGGAGAAAAGCCUUACGAGUGCAGUGAAUGUGGAGAAUCGUUUUCCAUGCUCUAUUCCCUUCGUAGUCACCAGAGAGUUCACACUAGAGAAAGGCCUUAUGAGUGCAGUGAAUGUGGGAAAUCUUUUAUCAGUAGCAGUGGCCUCCGCUAUCACCAGAGACUUCACACUGGAGAAAGGCCUUAUGAGUGCAGUGAAUGUGGGAAAUCUUUUACCAAGAACCAAUCCCUUCUUUAUCAUCAGAGAAUUCACACCAGACAAGGCCCUUAUGAGUGCACUGAAUGUGGAAAAACUUUUACCGGUAUCCUAAGCCUUCGUAGCCACCAGAGAGUUCACACUAGAGAAAGGACUUAGGAGUGUCGUUCAUGUGGCAAAUUUUGUACCCAAAAUUCUAGCCUUAUUCUGCACAUAAGGCUUCACAUGGGAAGAAGGUUGUCUAUGCAUAGGAAAUGUACAAUUUUCAAGGUCAGUCUUAACAAUACUAUAGGAAACUCUAUUUGUCUGACUUGAAUCUCAUACAUUCGAAUGUCAAAAGUAGGGAGAUUCCCUAUAAACUUAUCUGAAAAUCAUGUGUGUGUAUGUUGCACUUUCUAAUUUACACAGGUGUCCUGCCAGAUCUAUGUCCCCGAAUGUGUCUGUUGCUGAAGCAAUGUCACCUGUACCACCUAUACCAGCGGUUCUCAACCUGUGGGUCGAGACCCCUUUGGCGGUCGAGCGACCCUUUCACAGGGGUCGCCUAAGACCAUCAGAAAAUACUUUCCGAUGGUCUUAGGAACCGAGACACUGCUCAUUUAUUCGUCUCCAGGUGGAUCCGCCCACAUACGAGUACCCGGCGUAUUAAAGGGUCGCAGCAUUAGGAAGGUUGAGAACCACUGACCUAUACGGUGUCCUCAGAUGGCAUCAGUCACCAUCCUCAUUGGCGCAGGGAAGCUAACUCUGUUCUCUGAUUUGUUGGAGACUAGGACCAGCCUUUUCUUAGAUGUGUAUUUGCUACCCCUGUAUCCGUAGGAAAAUGUCUGGUUAAUCGUCCUGCCUGAUCUGGUAUGAGUUUUGGCAAUUUUCUUUAACAGAAGGGAAGCGGGACAACAAAGAUGGAUGUUGGAAUUUCACUCAUUUUGUGCCAUUUUUUGCUUUAUAAAAUAAAUGUUUCUUUCCUGUA